AGGGUAGGUCGAUUUUAGCUUUUUUUUUGAAUUUCGAGUUGCGUAAUGUUGCAGUUACUGUGUCUAGCUUAGAAAUAAGGUUUUGCCAAAUAUCAGGUGUUCUGGUUUAAAAAUGGCUUGCGGAUUUACAUUUCAAGACUUAAUAUUGGACUAGCUUUGUUAGAUUGUUUAUUUCAAACAUUGAAAUAUUUUAUUUUAAGUCUAGUAACCUCGUUUUAAAGUAUCUCGUUUCGAAUUUUUAGAGUAACCAAUUAACGAUAUUUUAAAAAGCGCAAUUGUUUUAAGAAGCCAAUAAAUUUUCGCUAAAUCGUUUACACGCUUUUAAAUUUCAAUUUUGCUAAUCGUUAAAUGUUGGUUUUAAAAUUAAAUUUUUUAGUAUUUAAGUAUUGAAAAGUAAAGUAUUUAAAAGGUUCAAAUAUAAAACUACAAUUUAAAGAAAUAGUUAAAUAUCAAAGGUAAAUACUUAUGAUUAAUAUAUUUACAGUAAUGUUUUUACCUGAUUAAUAUUACAAAAAUUUUUUUUUUGCACCUUUUAAAAUAUAAAAGUUUCAGAAAGAACUAAUGUUAACUUAAUUCAUAAAUAACUUAUACUCUCAUGGGCCACGGCGACAGGGGGAAAAGGGGGCUGAGGGGCUAUGGCCCCCAGAUUUUUUCAAAUGGACCUUUUUUUAAAAACUAGAUUUUUUGUAGUAAGUUUUGAUAUAAUAGGUUUUUUUGGUGUUUUUCCCCCUCCCCCACUAAAAAGUCACGCCGUGGCCCAUGGCUCUAAGUGCUAUACUUUAAUAGAGUUUACAUAUAUUAUUAGUAUACAAAAAUGCCGAAAGUUACGACUACAAUUACACGGAUGAAAAGUGAAAAAAAGUAUUGCGGUGGCCCAUGUGAAUUAUCAAUGACAGAUCCAAGCACUUUUAGACAGGUUAUUCAGUACUAUUACUAUCUAAUUCAUGUGAAUCCAAAUGCAGAUAUCUUAUCAGUGACUCAGCAAAUUAGCAAUAAUAUAAAAUCAAUUUGGGCUUCAGUAAACCCAAGUUUACCUCUUAUAACUGACAAAUCUAUUAAUAGGAAAGUAAAAGAUCUUCUCGUACUUGUUAAGGAUAUUAAUCGCAAGCACGGAAAAGCAAGCGCAAAAAGAAAUCUUGAUGCUAACUUGGACAAACUCUUUGAUAUUUCUGCGUGUUCCUGUUCAUUAGAUGUGUUUCCCUGUAGUGAUAGAAAAGUUUCUUGCAAUAAAGAAAAUUGCAUUGAAGAACAUAUUGUAUGCCUUUGCUCUCAAAGUAAUAAAGUACCUCUUGAAGACAGAGCUUAUCUUCGUGAUCAGAGAAAAAAAAUUGGUCCAAAAGGUGCAUAUCAACUUUCUUCCGUUGAUAGAUUAUCUGUCAAAAAGACUCAAAAACUUGAUAAAGAACGAAAAAAAAUAUUUCAUAAUUUAGUUGAUGAAGAUGAAUCCCCUAUACCACAUGUAAACUUAGUUGAAGAAGCAAGUGGUUUAUCCAAUACGGAAGUAAAUGUUUUAUAACUACAUGAUAUAUUCGUAGUAGAUGAAAUAUAAAGCAUUUUAUUUUUUUAACUUUUUUAGGAUGAAGGUGAAUGGAAACCAACAAAUAAUCCUAUUGGAAAAUACAACUUGGUUAAACUUCCAAGAUUUGCAAUGAAACUAGUUAGAAACGAGUGCUCGUCAAACGUAGGUGCAGCUCUAGCAAAUGCUUUACUACAUGACAUUAAACAUCUCCUGAAAGACGACGUUGAUAUAAAAGAUAUUUUGAUUGACAAAUGCAAAUUAGAUAGAGCCAAAUCAAAAGUAAAAACUGUUACUGAAGAUGUGGACUCAGAACAAAAAAAACAGUUAAUUUGUCUUGGGGUUGAUGGCAAGCUCGAUCAGAUAACUAAAACAAGUAAAAUAAUAAACUCACCUCAAGGAGAAGUACUAAAGAAAUGCAUUGAACCUGAACAUCACCUCACAUUUACUUAUGAAGAUGGAAAAUCGAGUGGAAAUUAUUUGACUCAUAGGACGAUUCCUGUUACUGGUGCUACAGGCUUAGUUCUUGCUACCGAAACGUUCAGUGUUUUACAAGAAUAUAACAGUUUGGAAAGUAUACAAGCUGUUCUUCUUGAUAAUACAGCUACCAAUACUGGACCAAUAAGUGGCUUAGUGGUUAAACUAGAAGAGCUUUUAAAAAGAAAACUACACCUAAUUGGAUGCGCAUUACAUCAAAACAAACUUCCGUUACGAGCUCUUUUUAUAAAACUUGAUGGUGACACAACUGGGCCAAGAAGCUUCAGUGGUCUACUUGGCAAAAGAUGUGCUGAAAAUAUUCAGGAUAGAAAUCAAGUUUUGUUUGAACGUAUUGAAAACCCAAUAGUAGAUGGAUAUAUUCCAGAAGAAAUAUUAAUAGACCUUAGUUGCGAUCAAAGACUUUUGUUUGAAUAUUGCAAAGGAAUAGGCUUUGGUAAAGUUUCUGAUAAAUGGGCUGCCUAUAAAAUUGGACCGCUUAACCAUGCAAGGUGGUUAACUCUAGCUAUUCGCCUUCUCUGUUUAUGUACUAGAGACAAUCAACCAACCGUUUCUUUAAAAAAACUUGUAUACUUUAUUGUUCAAGUUUAUGCUCCAGCAUGGUUCGAAAUAAAAAAAUCUUCAAAAUUCCACGAAUCCCCGCGCCUUAUUUUUUCUACUAUUACUAGAAUAAAUAAUCUCCCCUUUGAUGAUGUUAAACUUAUUGUUAAAAAAAACAUCAAAAAAAAUGCAUUGUGCCUAAAACCUGAAAAUAUUCUUUAUGCCAUGCUAAAAGAUAAUGACAAAAAGAUACGAAACUUUGGUUUUCAAAUCCUACUGGCUCUAAGGCAAAGAGUAAACAACGAAAUUUUGAAAGUAAAUUUGAUGAAAAUUCCGGAAAUUAAUUUUAAUGCUAAUCAUUGGUAUGAGUUGGUUGACAUCAGCAUUACAAAAGUUACGGAGCCCCCUACAACACAACAUUUUUCAAUUGAGCAAAUCCAAUAUAUGAUUGACAAUAACGUUAAACCUGAAAUUUCCGACUUUCCAUCUCACUCCCAGAGUGUUGAGCGAGCGGUAAAACUAGUAUCGGAAGCAUCCCAAUAUGUUUAUGGGUUCGAGAAUCGACACAGUUGCAUUUUAACCAAAUUACUAAGCAGGAAGAUGCAUAAACCAUAUAUUUCAAAAGGACAUUAUUCCCAUUCUUAUGAUGAUAUUUUUUAAUUGAAAAUAUUUUUCUAAAAAUAUAUAUUCCUGUUCAAAA